AGAGCAACAUAAUUUAAAAUACUGUUCUUUUUCCCAUUUUUUUCUUUAAAAUGGAUCAAGCUUCUGCUUUCAUUUGUCAACGCUGUAAACAUCCAUUAAGAAUCGAUGAAUCAUUAGCAGAUCUAAGUGCAGCUUCUGUAGAUCUCCUGUUAGCACCUCUCCCAGAAGAAAGUACUACAACACCAAUAUCUGAAAAAACAGGAAUUAGAAGCUCUAAGCAAACUAUCUUUAACGAUAUUGAGGAGGAUGAUAAUGAGCUUCCAGUGUCAAAAUCAAACCAAAGAUCUGUUUCUUCCUCAAAGAAUUCUUCUGGACUUUCACGUUCUCCUAAUGGAGGCAUUAGUAACAAAGAGUCAUUCUUGCCACCUUCAGAAUCAUAUGUAGUGUUAUCACGUUCUCAAGUUGCAUCACAUUCUAACAAUAAUUUGUCACCGGAACGUGGUCCACUUGAUGGAAAUGUUGAUGAAAAAAAAGCAAGUUUGAGUCAUAGGAUCAAAGUCGCAAAUCGAUUAUUUGACAUUAUGUCGUCAAGAUCAGAGAUUGAACAUCCCAUGUGUUAUGAGUGUACCGAGAUACUUCUAGAUAGCUUGAAAAAACAGUUAUCUGAUGCUUCUAAAGAAAGAGACUGUUAUAUUGACUUUCUUAAGAAAGUUAACGAAAGCGUAAUAAGUGAUUCUGAAAAAAUAAGCUUACAAAAAGAAAUUCAAGAGAUAAAAUCUAAUGAGUCAGCUGCAAUUAAAAAGUUAAAGGAAAUAGAGAAUGAAAGUAAUGCGUUGAAAAAAGAAUUGGCAGCAUUAGAGGAAGAAGAAAAAGAACUUGAUAGACUUGAGGAAAGCUAUUGGCAGGAGUUCAAUGACUUUCAUAUUCAGAUACAAACAUUUCAAAAUGAGAGAGAUAGUGUCAAUCUAAAGUACGAUCAUGAUGCCAGACAAUUAGAGAGACUCCAAAAAGCCAAUGUUUAUAACGAUACAUUUUGUAUUGGAAUAGAUGGUCUUUUUGGUACAAUAAAUGGAUUUCGGCUAGGCAAAUUACCUGAUGUACAGGUUGAAUGGAGUGAAAUUAAUGCCGCUUGGGGCCAAACACUUUUGUUACUUUCAACAAUUGCAAAUAAACUUAAUUUUACAUUUCAAACCUAUCGGCUAGUUCCUUUAGGUUCUUUUUCUAGGAUUGAAAAGAUUGAUGGAGAUGCAAAAUAUGAACUUUAUGGAUCAGGUGAUUUUACAUUUAAGACACCAUUUUUGAUUAAUCGUUUUAAUAGUGCCAUGGUAGCCUACUUAAAUUGUUUGCAACAAUUGGGAGAUUACGCUGAACGGCAGGACCAUAAAUUGAAAUUACCAUAUCGUAUUCAAAAAGACAAAAUUGAUAAUUUAUCAAUUAGAUAUAAAAGUGAUUAUGAGAUAUGGACAAAAGCUCUUAGGAAUACUUUAACUAAUACUAAAUGGAUUUUAGCUUAUGCUUCAUCAACGAAUCAUGAUUGGAGUAAUAAGCAGAAAAACAUUGUAGGAUCAUCUAGAUAAAUGAACAUUAUUUUUCUUUUAGCUUUUUUGAGUAAUUAAUUUCUAGCAAUUAUAUAUAUAUAUUUUUUUAAUACCGUAAUACGAAUAUAACUUCAUUGAUAGUAAUAAAUGAAUUUAGGCACCUUUUCCUUGUCUCAAUUGAGAAUUUAUUAGGAAUAUGAUUCGAUUUUUUUUUUUUUUCACCGAAACUCUUUCAAGAAAAAAAAAAUUGACUUUUGUUAAUCAAAAAAACGCGAAAUAAAUAAAUAAAUAAAUAAAUAAAA